UGCCCUCGUCUUGGUUUGCUCUUUGAUUGACCCCCAGGCCGACACUCACCUGAUGAGUUGGUCUCCUGCCUGGGCGCCUUCUGCCCUCUCACCCAACCGCAACUCGAGCCUCUUCGACCCCUGUCCCCCUCGUCGUGAUCGCUCCUGGUCAAACGCUCAAACCGCCGAGCUACUCAAGUUCUCAAUGAACCUCACCAACUUCGACCGUCACUCGCUUGGCACUUCGGUCCAGCUGCCCCCCAUCUACGGUCCCAUCGGUCUCAGGCGCUCUCCUCUACCUUCGUUUGCCGGACUCCCACCGAUCGUCCCCAGCGCAAUGGGCUGUCAUCCUCCUUCGUUUGCUCGCAAGAGCAGUCACGCCGAUUACCCCCUGUCGUCCGCUCGUCACAGUCUACCGUCCCCAAUGGACUCGACCUACUUCUGCUCCCCAGCCGAAGCCGGCCCUAAGCCCAACCAACUCAUCCGGCCAUUUGACGAGCAUCCCUAUUCAUCCCCCGUCCCAUCUCCACACCCGGCACUCUGCUCACAUCCAGCGUAUUCAAGCAACCCACCGAAGCGCUCCAAAGCUGCCCUGGCCACCGAGGAUUGGGAUCAUCCUAGCUUUGCAAGACCACCCCACCGAGCAGUGACCGAGCCCAAGCUCAGCAAGCUAGCCGACUUUUGGCGCCCCGCUGGAAGUCCAAUGGACCUCAACCCAGCUCACCAAACCCCAUCGGUCAAGAAUCAAGCCCUGCCCAUCAGUGAUGAGCCACUUGUGCCAAAUGUCUAUCCGGUUCCUCCGCCCCCACCCUACGAGCAAUCUGCGGCCCCGCUAUCCGAUUUGGCUGCAGACAUCGUCUGGGAACGUUGUUACUUCCCCAAACCGAGGGCAUCCUCCACCGUCGCGGCUGCGCCUUGGGAAUCCGCGUUUUCAUGGUCGACCUGUAACGGCUUCCACUCGGUAACCAGUCCCGCUAGUCAUAAGACUCAGCUAGCAAAUCCAUCAUCCAGCUGGGCUGGCGGUUCGGCCAACAGCUUUGGGGUGAUUGGCGCUGAAGCCAAGGCGCGCAGAUUCAAUCGUCAAUACCCAUCCUCGGUCAGUCCCCCACAGUCGGAUCGCUCCAACUCACCCGCACACUGUAGGAAACAAUCGAUCGGGACCAAGAUGGAGGUCAAGCCAGCCUUCAGACGGUGGACCCGUCAGGUCUUGGAGCAAACGUUGCUCUCCCCUCAAGUCUUGAUCCUUGCACUCUACUAUAUCGACUCAGUCGCUGGAACCGACGUCUUUGGGGAUGCCAAUGGGAAGAUGUCGCUCCUGCCCUACAAGAUGCUCUUGGCCGCCUUGGUUGUUGCCAACAAGACUCUGGAUGAUCACAGCUAUAGGAACUCGACUUUCGCAAAUGUAUCGAGCAUGACGAAUGCCGAGGUGAAUGCGAUCGAGGUUGCCCUAUUGAAAGCGUUGAAGUUCGAUGUGGCACCUUCGUGUGAGCAAUGGACGAACUGGCUCAAGGAAGUAAUUGCGGCGGGCGAGCGGAGCGGUCUGCUCUUGCCCGAGCUAGGUCCGCCCUCGCCGAUCUCGCCUCUCUCGACCCCACAGUUUAGUGGCCAUCCAGAGGAGCGGUCUUCUCAACCGCAUUUUGAGCCCAGCUACCCAGCCCAACACGGCUCGAUCUUCGAUCAAGCACCGACGCCCGAAUUCCAUUGGCACCCCUCGCAGGACCCCCGUGGAUCUAGCGUGCUCAACCAUGGAAAGCCCUUUGCCCCCGCUCCAAUCGAGGCCAUGAACAACGAGCUCCGCUUCCAUCCAGCUCCCGUUGCCCCCCUCGACUCUCAUCGCGAGUUCAUUGGCUCAUCGGCAUUCGCCUCCGAGUUUACUUCCUCUUAUCACCACCAUGGAAGCUAUUUCCCUCGGACCUAUAGCUCUACUUACAGCUCCCAAUGAACGCUGAGAGCUGCUGAGCUGCGCUCCCCUGCCUAUAUAUAUAUAAAUAUAUUUAUAUAUGUAUAUGAGUUGUUGUUCUCUUUGGCCAGCUUCAAAGAUCUCACUCAUCCGCUUUCUAUUUUUCGUCUCUCCUCGAUAAUGGUCACCACUCUUCUUGUGACAUCGAUCGGUCGUAACCGGGCGAAGGAAAAGAGCAACGCCCUCAUGGACAUGCUCGAUUCCUUUUUUUUUUACGUCCGUUUGUCGCGCUUAGGGAUCCCUCGUUCGUGGCCUUCGCUUCCUCGUUUCUGAGCCUCCUUCACUUCACUCCGCUCUGCUCUCCUUCUAUCAACUCGUUUUUUUUUCUUCACACCCUCUCUUGGGCCCUUCGCUAUCCGUCGAUCUGAGACUCUUAGAUAUAGACACACCUUCUUUUCUCUCGCCCCCCCCCAUCUUAUGUUCAUUUUCAUUUAGUUUUAUCAUUUUGAAAUCAGUUUACAUUUCAACCCUUCCCCCCCCCCCCUCUUGCCCUUUGCUAGCACAUCCUUCACCAACUAAAUCAAAACAAUCACAAAAAAAAUAUGAAAAGAAAUCCAUCUACUCCACCCCCCCAAAAAAAAAUAUAUUUAACUAUUACUUAAAUUUCUUUAGUUUAAUCUCUCCCUCUCCCCCUCCCUUCUUACAGACAAUACACGAAAAAAAGAAGUUUAGGAAGCCCUUAUAUGAAAAACACCCCUUAAAGAAAGAAAGAAAAGAUGAAGAUGAAGAUGAAGAUGACUUGACUUUAAUUUGGGCGCUCUUUUCACCUGUGCCCUCCGUUGAUUCCAUCACAAUUGCCUCCUCCUAA